AUGCAUGAUUUCAAAGCAGAGGCAGUUAGGAAGAAUAACAACAAUGAAGAGGCAACAAGCAGCCAAGAACACACGACUGUCUAUUCAGAAAGCUAUAUGAAAGCAAAUAAAUCAAAAUGUUAUAGAGCUGGGAAUGAUAAUAAUAGCAAUAAUAAGUAUAAAAAUAGCAAUAAUAAGUAUAAAAAUAGCAAUAAUAAGUAUAAAAAUAGCAAUAAUAAUAAUAAUAAUAGCAAUAAUAAUAAUAAUAAUAAUAAUAAUAGCAACAACAAUAAUAAUAAUAAUAGCAACAAUAAUAAUAAUAAUAGCAACAAUAAUAAUAAUAAUAAUAGCAACAAUAAUAAUAAUAAUAAUAGCAACAACAAUAAUAAUAAUAAUAGCAAUAAUAAUAAUAAUAAUAAUAAAACAUUAAGAGAAAACCAAACUAAUUUAUUAUAUGAGGAUUAUUUAAACUACAAUACUUAUUCGUCGUAUAUCGGUAGUACCAGUAAUGGAAAUUAUAACACGCAUAAAACGUAUUAUAACCAAAAUGUGAGCAGCAGAUACUACAAGACGAAUUACCGUGAAAACAAUGAAUUUUCGGGUAAGGAUAAAAAUUUAAAAAAUAGUACCAUCGGUAAUAUUGACAACAGUUCUGUUGGCAGCAUGUACAAAGAUGGAGGGGAAUAUAUGAAAUACGAAAAAAGGCGUAACAAUAAAGGCCGAAGUAACGCUUACAUUAACGGUUAUAGUUAUAGUUACAGGAACACUAACGGGCAUAGUAACGGACAUAGUAACGGGCAUAGUAACGGGCAUAGUGACGGACAUAGUAACGGGCAUAGUAACUGCCACAGUAACUGCCACAGUAACUGCUAUAGUAACUGCCACAGGAGCUGCUACAGUACCCCCUAUAGCAGUGGUAACUACCACAACAGCCACUCCAAGAACUACAACGAAUUAAAAAUAAUUGGAAAUAAAUAUAUUUCAAAAGAACGAACAGAAGAGUCAAAUAAUAAAAACAGUUGUCAUAUGAAUGAAAUAGGAAAUUACAAUUGUAAUAACAAUAAGAAAUACCAUAACACUGAUGCAAAAACGAGUAGUGACUUCUCGUACAAAAAAAAAAACAAAGAACAGAAUAUAAUGAAAAGACAAAAUAACCUAACUAAUAAUAAUUAUUCUGUUAAAUUAAUCAUGUCAAAAGGUAGUGAACAUGAUAGUCAUAAAAGAGAUGGCAUGCUCCCAUAUGAAAAUGAAAAUGCAAAUGAAAAAGCAAAUGAGAACAUAAUAAGUGAGAAUAUAAAUGAGCAUACAAAUGAGAAUAUAAUAAGUGAGAAUAUAAAUGAGCAUACAAAUGAGAAUAUAAUAAGUGAGAAUAUAAAUGAGCAUACAAAUGAGAAUACAAAUGAGCAUACAAAUGAGAAUACAAAUGAGAAUACAAAUGAGCAUACAAAUGAGAAUACAAAUGAGAAUACAAAUGAGAAUACAAAUGAAAAUAUAAAUGAAAAUAUAAAUGAAAAUAUAAAUGAAAAUAUAAAUGAAAAUAUAAAUGAAAAUAUAAAAGAAAAUACAAAUGAGAAAGCAAAUGAAAAUGUUGUGUCAACAAAAUAUAAGAAAAAACACUACACACGUUAUUACAAUGGCUACAAGAAUAGUUCAAAUUAUAUCUACAAUUCGAUGAGUGGAAAAUAUGUUAACUACUUUAAUUCUAGUCAUUAUAAUUAUAAUGUAGGAAAUAGUCAAUAUGGGAAUAGCUCCUUUGGAUACAGAAACGGCAGCAUAGCUGACACUGCCAACUGCCACAGCAGCAAUUACAGCAGUAGUUAUAUAAACAGUUACGUGAACAGUUACACGAACGGUUACCUUAACAAUUACCUGAACAGUCAUAGUAGAAACAAUAGAAGCAACGAGGGGAGUGGACAUAACAACAGCGGAAGUAGUACUAACUAUAUGUAUGACCACAACAAAUACUUUGCGGAUAUGUAUAAAAAGGAUAAUGUAUAUAAAAAUGAGAAAAUAAAUUAUCAUCUCCCAAAAAAAAAUACACAGAUUAAUAACAGUGAUAAAGGGAAUACGUAUACAACCAAGAAUAGUACUAAUGCUAACACUAAUAGCGAAUGGAAAAUGGGGAAGGCGAAUAAAGCGCGCAUUAAAAGCAGUGCUAAACAUGCACACAGUAACAGUGAUGAUAGGAAUGUAAGUAUCAGAGAAAAGAACAACAUGAUGGACUUUAACUUAGUUACGAAGGAUAGCUGCAAUGUUAUUAGUUGUAAUAGGGAUGAACUGUUUGACUUAAGUGAGCAAGUUAAACGAUAUACAAAUAGUAACGUUGGUAGUAAUAGUAAUAACGAUAAUAGUGUCUAUGGUGACGAGCAAACGAGUUCCACAAAUGACAUUAACAAGCAAGGAAAAUGCAGUCAGAAAAGUCCUGUAAGCAAAAAUGAUGAAAGCGUGGAAGGGGAUAAAGAAGUGGAAGAGGAUAAAGAAGUGGAAGAGGAUAAAGAAGUGGAAGAGGAUAAAGAAGUGGAAGAGGAUAAAGAAGUGGAAGAGGAUAAAGAAGUGGAAGAGGAUAAAGAAGUGGAAGAGGAUAAAGAAGUGGAAGAGGAUAAAGAAGUGGAAGAGGAUAAAGAAGUGGAAGAGGAUAAAGAAGUGGAAGAGGAUAAAGAAGUGGAAGAUGAUAAAGAAGUGGAAGAGGUCAGUUCUACUGGUGUGAAGGAGGACAAAUCGGCUACUCUAAAGUUAGAAGCUGUCCAUAUGACGGCUACCAUCAGUGCAACGACUAUUAAUAAUAAGAUAAAUUAUAAGAGCAGUAAUAAGAGCAGUAAUAAGAGCAGUAAUAAGGGAAAUAAUAAGAGCAGUAAUAAGGGCAAUAAUAAGAGCAGUAAUAAGAGCAGUAAUAAGAGCAGUAAUAAGAGCAGUAAUAAGAUCAGUAAUAAGAGCAGUAGUAAUUACCAUCAUAUCGAUAAUGCUAAGGACGACCAAAAUAACAUCGCGUUGCGCCACGACGACAAAAUUAUGAACGAGUCAGAAAUUAUGGACCAAAAUUAUGUUAAGCAUAAUAAUGAAAACCUUGCCCAAGAAGAUAAGGGAAAUUAUACUAACACCUGCUAUAACACAAAUAAUAAACUUAUGAACAGAUAUAAUUGUGUUCAAGUAGUUGAUGGAGAGGAGAAUGAUAAUUCAAUCAAUGAAUACAAAAACCAGCUCCAAGCUGACAAAAAUAAAUUUAGAAAAAAAAAAAAAAGAGCGCUUAACAAAUACGCCUCCUCUAUGUACAACUGUAAUUAUAGCAGUAACACAGAAGGUAAACAUAGCAGAAAACGAAAUGAACCAUUCUUUAGUGAUAAUAUUAAUGAGCAUGGCAAUAAUAAUAAUCGUAAUAAUAGUAGCUGUAGUAAUAAUAUUUUGAGUGAGGACUGCCAAAAAAGAAGCAUACAAAAAAAUUAUAAAAACCGAGAAAGUCUGAACUGCCAUUUGAACAGAAUGGAGGAAAAUGGAACAGAGGAGGAAAACAACAUAGGUGAUAAAAAAAAAUAUUAUGAGUUAAGAAAGAGUAACAUGGAAAGUAAAGAUUAUACUGAUGAUAACCAUUUUGUACAAAGAUAUGAAAAUUUAAUGAUGGAUGACAAAAGUUAUAUUGCAAGUUAUGGCAAGAAUAAGGAUAAAGAAAAUUAUGAAAGUAGUAGUGAAAGUAAGAAAAAUAAUGUAAUUCACGCAAAUACACAUAAUGAAGAGGAGCGUACAAAAUGUUAUGCAGUUAUAGAGAACAAAAAUCAAGAAGAGCUUACUAGAUCUAGUAUUUCUAACGAUCCAGCAAAAGGAUCCCUUUGUAUAAUGGGAAGCAUUUCCAAAGGAGAUGACAAGUUCGACAGUGGGAAAAUUACAGGGGGAAACGAUGCAUUGAAUGAAGCGAAUGACAAACCAGAUGACAAACCAUAUGACAAAUCGAAUGACAAAUCGAAUGACAAAUCGGAUGACGAAACGAACGAAGGUACAACGGUUCACAUAGUGAAUCCCUCUUUUGACAGUCCUGUAGUGCUAAAUCCAAACAAAAGGGAGGAUUUCAAAAAAUAUGAUAACUCAUGGAUGCGUAACAAUACUGGGAGGUGGCCUAACAGGAAAUUUGUACAAAAUAGAGUGAAAAUGACAAGUAUGAAGGACUAUGAAUAUAUUCCAAAAAAAGAGAACCAAUUAACUAGCAGUCAUACGAAUGAUAAUAUGGAUAGAUGGAAUAGAUUCACUAAUGAACUUUUCCCCCGAUAUCAACAACAUAGUAGUGAUGUUACUAAUGAAGAUAGUGAAUAUGCAGUAUGGUCGAAUUUAACAAAUGACCAUGAAAUGAAGGUACAGAAUAAACCAACACAGAGCACUCUACUUAUAGAUAAUCUUUACAAUGGACCUAAUGGCAGUUACAAAACUGUUAAUGAUAUAGAGACCUGUAUAUCUAACAGCACAGUGAAGUGUUCUGUGUAUAGAUACCCUAGUUAUACUAAACAGUUCAAUAGCUGUAAUUCCGACUGUAAUCAUAUUCUCGAUAACAAGUAUGUUCAUAAAUAUGAGUGUCCUUCACAUGAAGGAAUUGCAAAUGUAAGCUCUAUGCAAUACAACAUGAGCAGUUCUUGUCGUCUAAAAAAUGAAGGAAAAGAACGUAAUGUAAAGAAUAAUAAUCUUAUUUAUUCUAGUAAGGAAAUGAAGUAUAGCAAAGAUUGUCGGAAUAAUGUACUUAAAGAGGGGGAAGGUCAAGUAGGUAACGGUUCUCACAAUGAUGGAGCAUGCAUACAAAUGAAGGUGACUGCCAGUGGUAGUAGCAGUAGUAGAAAUAGUAGCAACAGUAGCAGUAGUAGCAACGGAGCAGUUGAACAUAGUCUCAAACUAACGCGGUCGGUAUCUGCAAAUUUUCAUCAGCGUAAAAAUAAAUCUUUUGAAAGUUUAGAAAUGUGCAUGCUGAAACCUCAUAUGAUAUCGCCUGAACAAUCAGCAAAUAUUAAUGCGUUCAGAAAUAUAUUGAAAAAUAUGUUAAUUAACUAUGAUAAAAAAGAAAAGGAUAACAGGAGUGAAGAUAUACAUGAAUCCAAUGGCUACAAUAUUUUUGUUAAAACGGAGGAGUGUAACCUUUUAGAAGGAUCAUCACUCAGCGAAUGUACGGAUGAUGAUGAAAAAAUAAUAAAGGAAAAAAAAAAAAAAUCAUUUCAAAAGGACAACAUAGAUAACAUUUAUAAUAAGGAUGAGCGGGAAAAUAAUAAAGAAUGUGUACAGAACAAUCUGGAAUGUAUUUUAGAAAAUAAUUCUAUUCAUAUCGAUGAGGAGUAUAACCAUAGUAGGGAAGGCACUGACGAUUACACCUCAUGUUUAGGAACAGAUAAGUGUCUAAAAAAAGACCUUAACGAUAAAAUGCAGUACUCACUUUAUAAUAUUGAUGAACUAUUAAAUUAUAUGUACAGUGUGAAGACUAUGAAUACGUUUCUAUGUACGUUUAAAGAUAAGCACAUAUUUGAUAAGAAUCUAACGAGCACAGUCCGUAAUAAAACCUGUUCAGAAGAAAAGAUUAAAAUUAAUUUUCAAAGAGCUUCAUUUGAAAGAAGAAAGAACAUUAAUCGCAGUAAAGGGAAGAGGAAGAACAAGAAGAAAUAUUCAAGUAUUGUCGAUAAUUGGAUGAAUAACUACAACGAUAGUGCCCAUAACGGUACUAAUGAUUUUAUCUGUUGUCACUACAGUGAUAGUAACAAGCACAGAGGUUUGAAUGAUUACACAUUUCGCAAUUCCUGGAACUACAAAAUGGGGGAAAAUAAUGAUACUGUCGAUUGCAACACUAAUGCUAACACGAACGGAUGUAUACGCAACAGUAACUGGGAUAACUUCUCUCGUUAUAAUAAGUUUUACAAUUGGGUGGAACCUUAUAAUUUACAUGAUCUGACUAACAUAACGACAAAAAAUAGUUACAACGCUUAUGAUAAAAGGGGUGAAGUCAGCUGCAGUUACAGUACCGGAGUUACAUCAAGGAGGAAUUUGCCUUUGCAUCCGCUUUUUCCGCCACCAGCGACUGUUACUACCGUUGUUACCACUGCUAAUGCUGGUAAUACCGCUAAUUUUGGUAAUACCACUAAUUUUGGUAAUACCGCUAAUUUUGGUAAUAUCGCUAAUCCUGGUAAUACCGCUAAUUUUGGUAAUACCGCUAAUUUUGGUAAUAUCGCUAAUCCUGGUAAUACCGCUAAUUUUGGUAAUAUCGCUAAUCCUGGUAAUACCGCUAAUUUUGGUAAUACCGCUAAUUUUGGUAAUACCGCUAAUUUUGGUAAUACCGCUAAUUUUGGUAAUAUCGCUAAUCCUGGUAAUGCCGCUAAUCCUGGUAAUGCCGCUAAUCCUGAUAAUACCGCUAAUCCUGAUAAUGCCGCUAAUCCUGCAGAGUGUGGCAAAUUUUACGCGAAUUGUGAAGGAUCUAACGUUUAUUCUAAGGCAAAAGCUCGUCCAAGGAACAACAUAAUUAGUGGGGGUAGUAAUAACAUGAUGGCUGUAAAUUACUAUUACAUGAACAAUGAAAAUAAUCCGCAAAAUGAAAAAUUUUCCAUUGAGUGCAAAGAAAAUAGCAAUGGUAUGACUUCACAUAUAAAUAUCAAUGAAAAUUUUAGAAACAAUUAUUUCACGUAUCGAAGUAGACGACAAGUGAAGAACAACAAGGAUUCCAAUUCUCAUGUGCAUCAGUUGAAAGGAUAUAUAAACUACGGAGGAACACCCCAUAAUAAUUAUAGUGCUUACAAUGAUCGAAGUGGUUAUGGUAUCUGUAGCAGAAACAACUAUGUGGGUAUAGAACGAAAUAGCUUCAAUGACGCUAAUGAGCACAUAAAUAGUAAAGAUGCAAGUGCAUAUGGCUCUAUUCUAUGUGAAACAAGCUACAACACGAGAGGGAGCAAUAAUAUGAUCCACAAUGAUGUUAGUAGGAAUGUGAAUAGCUGCAAUGUGAAUAGCUGCAAUGUGAGUAUCGGCAAUGUGAGUAUCGGCAAUGUGAAUAUCGGCAAUGUGAGUAUCGACAACGUGAAUUACAGCAAUCCACAUUACGGAAGUCCGAACUACAGUAAUGUUAAUAAUAAAAAGAAUUUAUCCUGUUUGAACAAGUACGGGAACAGCGCAAACAGACACAAUGCCAACCAUGUAAAUUUUGCUGAUGAUUUAGGCAGUGGUUAUACGGACGACAGUGGUUACUGCUCCUACCACCACAACGGCGGAAAUUUUAAGGGAAAUCUUAGCACAAAUAGUACUAUUACUAGUAAAGCCAAUGUCAAUAUUGGUAGCAGCUUCCAUGGAAGCAUUCGCGGUAGCCUUUUUGGAAACUCCCGUAGUAGAAUUUUUACUAAUUCCAAUAUGCACACUGAUUAUAAAACAAGUGUUAAUGCUAUAAAUGGACAAACGAAUCGAAGAAUUUCAUACACACCUAAUCACACAGAAAACCAUCCGCGUAAUAAUUGCAAUAGUGGGUUUGACAAAAGGACCUACUACAGAAGCGUAAACAGUUACAAUGGUUAUAAUAGGAACAAUCAUAGUAGCAAUCACAGUCGCAUUCAUAGUAGCAUGCAUAGGAAUAAUAACCAGAGUGACUACCGUAGUGGUAACCACAGUGAUGAUGAUAAAUAUGACGAACGCAGAAGAGUAAAUUAUGAACAGCCAUUAGACACAACAGAGAAAGAAGCAGGAAGAGAACAUUACACAACUAGUAAUAGACUUCGUGCGGAUGAUACACAAAAUAAUAAAGAAAAAGAAGUAAAACAAAAAAUAAUAGAAAUGCAAAAUGAGAGGAAUAACUUAACUCGGAAAGACAACAACCCUGUUAGGUUUUCUAUAGGGGAGGAGUGUACAAGUCAAAAUCCACAGGAGGAUGCAGUGAACAAAAGAAGGAUUAGGGAUAAAAUAGAACAGUGCAGUUAUGAGACUUACAAAGGAGAGGAGAUAAAUCAUCUAUGUAGUUUGAUUGAAGGAAACACGGGGGAAGAAGCAAAGACAAAAGUGAUAGAAGUGGAAGACGUAUCUAACAUAAUUAGCAUGACAAACAUGGAAAAGGAAAAGGAUGCCACUCCCAAAAAGGGAAACACCCUUGUUGAUGUGCAUACUAUGAAAAAGAAUAUUAUCAUAGAUGAAAAAGAACUGUUACAAGAAGAAAGCUUGACAAAUAAUGACAAAGAUGUAAAGAAUAAGAAAAAGAUAUUGAAGAACAGCAAAACAGUAGUGAAGGAGAAUAGGAAUUUAUUAAUAGAGGAAAUGAUCAGUAAAUGUAGUACUAACAAAAUUACCAGCGUGCAAAGUGAAGACGGUGAUAAUACUAUAAAAAUUAAGGAUUCAUCUGAUCAGAAUAAGCAAAAGAAUACAAACGAGGGUAUAGAGUUACAUAAUGCAAAACAGAAUAACGAAGCUAAUCAUUCCCAUUUUGUAAAAAAGAAUAAUAAAAAUUAUUAUUCAUAUGAUACGAUUUUUAUUAAUAAAGCACAUUUUGAUAAAGUAUGUUUUAAAAAAGGUGUAAAGGAAAACACAGAGAUGUACAACAAUAAUUAUUUUCUCAAUUCUAACUCGAUCCAGUUUGUAAAAAAUAAAGGAGCACAUAGAGAACAGAAGUGUGAAAUGGGUACAGACAUGUGGAAAGAAGAGAACCAACAUAAGGAUAGCAGACUGGGUAGAGAAGAAAACUAUAACAAGGAUGACAACAGCAUUCGUAACACUAACAAUUUUUCACAGAGAAGUGAAUCAUAUGCUUUUGGAACUAAUUCAUAUUAUGCAGUUCUGAGCGCAAAUACAAAAAAUAAUACGUAUGAAGAUAAUUCUUAUCCCACUAGUGCUACAACGACAAACUGUAGUAAUAAUAGUAAAAGAAAUAAUUGCGCUAUCUCCUACGAGCAUAACAAAGCUAAUUAUAAUAAGAAGAAGAUGCACAGUAGAAAUGGACGGGACAAAAAUAGAUACGCUAUAAAUGAUUAUAAUAGCAGAACGAAUCGAAAUGGAAAGAGUAAAAAUCAGUAG